AGUCAGCCAAUCAAUCGUGAUCCCUAAAAUGCAGCCUGCAGGAGACAGAACAGAACAGAACAGACACACAGGCGGAGUCAGAGAAGAGAACACAGGAAAACUUCCAGCACCAGAAAAGCUCAAAUUCAAAUCGAAGGUUGAAGCAUACGAACAAAACUCCAACGAAUCAAUCACCGCCGUUAGGGUUCAGAAAGCGGUCAAACAUCACUGAAAUCGUAUUUGAGAGUAGCAAUUGAUGAAGCCGAGGUGGCUAGGAAGUGUUAGGAGCUACGCGAAGCAUCUUCGAAUUGAUGGAGUUAAAGAUACCAUAGCUAUUGCGUCCGGUAAAGGCGGUGUCGGCAAGUCCACAACUGCUGUGAAUUUAGCUGUUGCUCUUGCGAGUAAGUUCCAAUUGAAGGUUGGUUUACUCGAUGCCGAUGUAUAUGGACCUAACAUUCCCAUUAUGAUGAACAUCAACACAAAGCCAGAAGUCACUCUAGAUAAGAAAAUGAUUCCCAUUGAUAGUUAUGGGAUCAAGUGUAUGUCAAUAGGGUUCCUUGUGGAGAAGAAUGCCCCAAUUGUCUGGAGAGGUCCCAUGGUAUCAAAUGCUCUUGAGAAAAUGACAAGGGGAGUUGACUGGGGUCAACUUGACAUUCUAGUGAUAGAUAUGCCUCCUGGCACGGGUGAUGUCCAGAUAUCUAUGUCUCAAAAUCUGCAAUUAUCAGGUGCACUGAUUGUUUCAACUCCUCAAGAUGUUGCAUUAAUGGAUGCAAGGAGGGGAGUACAAAUGUUCAAUAAAGUUGAUAUUCCGAUUUUGGGAGUUAUAGAGAAUAUGAGCUGCUUUAAGUGUCCACAUUGUGGCGAAGCCUCAUAUAUAUUUGGUAAAGGAGGAGCUCAUAGCACAGCCGCUGACAUGAGAUUAGAAUUUUUGGGCGAGAUACCACUGGAAGUGGAGAUCAGGGAAGCUUGUGAUAAAGGGCACCCGAUAGUGUUGACCGCACCUGAUUCAGUAGUUUCCAGAGCAUAUGGUAAUAUAGCUGAAAAAGUUGUUCAGAAACUCAAGGAGCAACAAUUUCAACCAGAGAUUAUACUAUGAAAUGCUUGACUUUAUCGUGAUAACUCCCCAGUCCGCGACCAAGAAAAGAGGACCGAGCUGGCUUCUCUUGUGCUGUUUAAACCGGGUUUGACUACUAAAUUUGGUUGAAAUUGUAGUAUGAGAUGCAGGCCUGAACCUGACAUAUGAUUUAGAUUUGUACAUUCAAGUGUCUUCAAUUUUGUUUAAUAAGUAGUUAGUGGUUCAUUGACUUCACAUAGGUGCUGUCAAUUUAGCAGUUUAAUUUAACUUCAACAUUGAAGUUACAUAGAAUUAUUGCUUCCAUCAGUGUUUUGUGAUGCGAUUCCUUAAUUUUAUUUUUUUUUGAAGCAA